AUGGCUUUUAGAAUCAGUUUUCUUCGUGUUUUUUGUGCGAAGAGUAGUAGCAAAACCCGUGCUCUUCUUCUUGGUUUUGGAGCGUCUACCAUAGGAAUUGGUGCCGCGAUUUCCACAAUUUCACUCCUCUCUGCGCGCGAAAAGCCAAAACUUGUGGACACGUCAACGUUCAUGGCUGAACCCCUAACGGCACCAGACAUCUUGGAGAGUAGCAUGGACGACUUUAAGAGCCGCAUGGAAGUCAUGAUCCUCGGUGUACAAGCCGAAAUUUGCAAGAAACUUGCUGCGAUUGAUGGACAGGAAUUCCGUGUGGAUCGAUGGCUGAGAAAGGAAGGUGGUGGCGGGAUAAGCUGUGUUUUGCAAGAUGGUAAGAGUCUUCAUUUUAUGGAUAAAUUUCUUCGUCGCACUGUGGCUUAUUUAUAUAUUUUAAUACAUUUUCCCUCUGUCCUUGUUUGCUGUUAGUUAGACAUUUUGCAUGAGGGCCCCAUGGUUGGGGUCGAGGGGGGGUGAGGGGGAGGGGGGUGGGGGUUGGAUAGGCUUCCAUGUUAAAAAAAUGGGUACAAAAAAUGGGUAUUUUAGUUAAGGUAAAGGGGUGUAUGGUGGAGUGGCGCAAGUGUAACUUAUCUGGUUUGAAAAUAAAGCAAGUGAGAACACUCUAGGGUGGGAUGGCCAAUUUUGUCAUUUGAGUGCAUGUAUUAACUUCCUUCUGGAACAAAACUCGUUCCAGAAUGACAGUUAUUCCACUGUCAUGAAAGUAGCCCUUAAUUUGAAACAUUAAGGGGCUCUACAGCUAUGGGAGUCAACCAUAGCCAGUUCCCUACAUAUAAUGAUGGGAACCCUGGUCCGUAUUUUUUUACAGGGAAAGUUUUUGAGAAAGCUGGAGUGAACGUUUCUGUUGUUUAUGGUCACUUAUCUCCACAAGCUGUCCAACAAAUGAAAAGCAGAGGCAACGAUUUAAAAGGAAACAAGUUUCCAUUUUUUGCAGCUGGAAUAAGCUCAGUCAUUCAUCCUCGCAAUCCUUUUGUACCAACCCUCCACUUUAACUAUCGUUACUUUGAGGUCCAGGAAGAAAAUGGAAAGAGACACAGUUGGUUUGGUGGAGGAACUGACCUUACUCCUUAUUAUCUUAAUGAAGAGGUAACAAGAUCACCUUGAUGUUACUAAAUUGUGGGUGAAGUUGUUAUACUAGUUGAAGAGACAAAUUUUUAAGGCUUGAAUAUUUUUGUGAUCUGGCAGAAAUGAUGACAAACAUGCUUCUCAGAACUGAGUAUUCAAUUUGUUCUUCAGCUUCCAUAGCCACAUUUUCACAGGUCUAGUUAACUAAUUCUCUGUAGAGAAGAGAGAUCUUUCAAACCACACAUGUACUAGGAUGAGCAUGAUUCAGUUAAGGAGGACAGAGACAAAAAGCAAAAAGCCAUGUUAAGGGGUAUAGAAUGGUAAAUUCAAGACUUUGCGAGGCUGUGAGACCCUGGUUUCAAAAUUUGAGACUUUGAGAUGCAAAAUUACCUGAAAAUGAGACUUCAAGACCCAUCAAAAAUGCUUCCGAGAUUUUGAGAUAGGGCCAAAAUUUUACAAGACCCAUGUUAUUCGAGGAACCAUUUUAUACCCGUUCUUUAGCCGGAAUCAGUUGUAAUGUUGUUGCUCCUUUACGCAACUUCUUUUCGUUCCAUCAAAUCCUAAGAUCCUAAAAGCUUUGCCUAAAUAAAACCUAGUAAUUGCCCAACAAAUGAAAAAGAAAAAAUGAGGUGAGAAGAGUAAAGAACAGAGGACGAGAGAAAGUGGAAAGUAAAAGUCAAGACUGCUACAUGUAUAUGUAUGUCACUCUUAAACAUGUCUCGAACUUUUUCUUUCUGCACCUGCCCAAACUUCAGAAGCGGAUAUUUUGCAUCUGGAACAGACGGCUGCGAAGUGCCAACUUGUAAAUGGCUUUGUGGAAAGAUUUAGCUUUUUAUAGCCAGACAGUGACCAGAAAAUGGCUCAACUGGCUUCAAACUGCAUUUUCAGCAAAAUUCUCAGGAUUGAAUGGGUUAACAUUUAACCUUGAUUGCAAUGAAAAGAAACUUUAGAAUAAUUUUUAUAAAGUUUAUUUGGGAUAAAAUGCAAUGUUAUGCUACAGACAUCUUCAUUGUACAAUAUACACUUGAGUUAAUAACUGAAUUUCUUCCAAACGGCCUUGAGUGGAAAGCACCGGGGUAUUAAAUUUUGUGUUGUAAAUUUGAUGAUUUUUCUGUGCUUCUUUACUGUGGAAUCUUUUUGAUCUGGCAAAAGUCAUGAAAAUUUACUGUAUGUACCAUUAAAAUAACUUCAAUGAGGUAUUUAGUGCUGUUGGUACUUUGGCAUUCCAUCACCCUGCUGGUUUUGUUAACCAAAAAUGACUUAUUUUCAGGAUGCAAAGCAUUUUCAUAAGACUUUGAAAGAGUUCUGUGAUAAACACGACAAGUCAUAUUAUUCCAAGUUCAAGAAAUGGUGUGAUGACUACUUUUUUGUAAAACACAGAGGUAAGUUCUAAACAAUAACAACCAUGAUAAUGACAUUAAGCGACAUGGCCAAGAAGUAAGAGCACUCGAAUUGUAAUCUGGAGGCCCUGACAGAGUUCGUACAGGUUAUGGAAAACCUAGCCUGCACCACAGACAAAUCUAAACUCUGGUUAGGUCUGUCUGUAAAACAGUGCCAAAAUCCUUGUUCUUGUCCCUCACCUGUGUACCAGGAUUUGAUUACAUGCCAUGAUUGGCCUGUUAAUAAAGAAGUGAUCGCCCAUUUGCCACUCAGGAUGGAAGGAAAUUCGAAACACACUUCCAGUAAUUCAGUGAAUCUGUUGGGGGCCCAGAACAGGGAUCUUGGCACUGCUUCACAGACUUUACUAUAAAAUGGAGGUAAAACCUAGAAAGUCAUGAAAUUUAAGAUUUUCAUUUUCCAUGCCUUGAAAGUCGUGGAAUUUAAUAAUUGUCAGUCAUGGAAAGUCAUGGAAAAUUUAAGUUAUGUUUGGUAGAUUUUAGUCACUGCACUUGUCAAAGCAAGGACAAAGUAAAACAGAGGCAAGUAGUUGAGUAGACCAAACGUCAUGCAUUUUGGCAGAAGCCAGAACUUGUGUCUGUUGAACUGAGUUAGGUUAACAAAUCACCAGAAAAAAAGAAAAGUUUUAACUUUUUCGAAAGUGACAGCUUAACCUCGGGUCAUGGAAAACUGCAAAAAUUCAUGGGCAAAAAUCAUGCAAAGUCAUGAAGUUUGAAGAGCUCAAAAGGAUAAAAACUCCCCCUGAGUUCAAUCCCCACCUUUACUAGCGUCCCUCGCAACCGUUUUAGUCUUGUCACGCAAUACUCCCCCCCAACAAACAAGACAAAAAUGGUUGCAUGGGAGACUAAGCCCUAACCGCUAGCUGGGUUUUUUCUCGGUAGCCAACUGGUUUGCCUCGUCUCCUUUCAAGACGACCAAAGUUCCGCUAAGACAUCUGAUAAAUAGUUUAUAGGGUAGCUCCAGAUUAACCACAGAGACUUCUAAAGCAUAGAGAAAACCAUUUGGGACACUUCUGACAUACAGUCGAACCCCCCGUUUAUGGACAUCUGCUUAAUAUGGACACCUAAUUAUUACAGACAGUUCGCUUUGGCUCUGGGGAAAGAAAGCCCUUACUUUUUUUCCAAAUUCAACGCGCUUUAUAUGGACACCCUGUUAAUACGGACACUUUCUAUGGCCCCCUCAGUGUCCGUAUUAAGGGGGUUAUUAUCAUAAUUACACAUGGGAAAAUCAAUGGCAGAGCUACAGUAAAUCUUAAAAUAAGUAUAUUAGAUAGUCGUACUAAUAGUUCCAGGCUAAAAAAAGCGAAAUGACAAAAAGAAAAAAAAAACAAAUAAAAAUAAAAAUAAAAGAGCAAAGGAAGAAAAAAAAACAUAUAUAUAUAUAUAUAUAUAUAUAUAUAUAUAAAUUACUAUUUAUGAUAAGAGGAAUGCUUUCAGCUUACAGCAAAAGGAAGCGGUACUUGUUGCAUUUCGAAUUUCAAAACUAAGAGAGUUAAAAAAUUAAGUUAAAAAAUUUAGGACCUUGGAAACUGAUGGAGAACUUUCUUAUAUUAGUCCUGCAUUGUGGUAAAUAAAAAUGCUCCGAACUUCUAGUGCCAUAAGAGUGCACCUGGCGUGUCACCAGAAACAUGUUAUUGAAGCUAUAAGGAAGUAAGCCAGAUCUGUAUUGAUACAUAAAUUUUCCUAUUUGAAGAGAAGUGAUGGUGUCUCAAAAACAAUAUUUGUGAAAUUAUGGAGUUGUUUAGUACAUCCAUAAAGAACAAGAUCAAAAAUGUUUACUUGCUAAAAGUUUUGAUGGGGGGGAUAUAAGCACCUUUAUGCUCCAAAGACUCCAUAUAAAUCCUUCUAACAUAGGCCUGGGUCUAUUUCUUGAAAGACACGGAAACUUUUCGGACCAGAAGACAAAUUUUAAAAUCAAAACCUGUUGAAUAGUAUCCCCUUUCCUAGCCCACAAACCCAUCAAAAUUGCUUCACUUAGUGAUAGUUUCAUUGUAUUAUUUUCAAAGUUAUUGAAACUUUGAUCUUGAAUGCAAACACGACAAACACAAAACAGCUUUCUGGGCCUGAAAAGUUAUCAGAAUUUUCAAGAAACAGGCCCCUGGCCAAUUUAAGAAGGAUUUGUGUGGAGUUAUAAGACCAUAACGGUGCUUAUAUGUCCCCACCAAUCUGCACUAACAGGCUGAGUUUUUGCAAGGGGGCUUUUUCAUCUUGUUUUUUCCGAAUAUGCCAACCAAUCCCAAUUUUUGUGACGUCACACUUCUUUUCUCUAUUGCUUUUAACAGUAGGUUAUAAUAGCUAAAAAGGGCUCAAUUAAGGUUACUGGGAAACUGCCCACCUACCCCUCCCCUAAGCCAACAUCAUCACUUACUUCUCACUUAGGGCAUAAUGUUGGCUUAGGGGAGGGGUAGGUGGGCAGUUUCCCAGAAGCCUCAAUUGAUCCUUAGAAAGAUUGCCAGGACAAUUUCUCUUCUUAUUUACUGUAGGUGAACGUCGUGGUGUUGGUGGCAUAUUUUUUGACGAUCUUGACACGCCUUCACAUGAAGCCGCAUUUCAGUUUGUCAAGGCGGGUGCCAAUGCUGUACUACCCUCUUAUGUUCCUAUUGUAGAAAAACACAAAGAUGAUCCUUAUACGGACAAAGAACGACUCUGGCAAUUACUCAGGAGAGGCCGGUGAGUCCGUAGGUGUGGUGUUAGCAACAGAAAUUCCAUACUGAUGACGCAUCACUACUCAGACCUGGGUAGUGCUUCUGAUUGGUCGUGCCGCGUGGGAAAUUUGCUUUAGCCAAUCAGAAGCACUGCCCAGAUCUGGGUAGUGACGCGUCAUAAGUAUGGAAUUUCUGCGCUCGUUUCUCAGACGUCAUUUGGCGGGGAAAUCAGUUGUGACGUGGCAAAAUGUCGGCCGUCUUCUCAGGCCAAAGCCCGCGAGCAAGUCGGGUUUUCGCGCGCUUGACGGUCACUUGUCUCUCGCCUCUGCUUCAUGACAUCUUACAACGGACAUCAUAGACACAACGUCGGAUAUAGAGAACGCGAAAAUGGCUGGAAGAUUUUAAGGACUUGGCUACAACGAAAUACUGACAGUAAAAGGCUACGGCCUGUACAGGGAAUCACAAAUAGCCACUUGAAGGUUUUUCACUGCUUUUUGGAGAAUAUCUACAAGAAAAAAAAUUAUCCGUUCAUAUUUUAAAACUACUGAUGAACUGGCAGAUGUUUUCAAGAGUUUUUCAGAGGUAAGAAUGUUAUGAUGUUGGAAAUCUGUUGAAUGAAUAAUUUGAAUUCGUCUCGGAGGAUGUUAUCCACCCCAGCCUUCAGCUUCUGUGUAGUUCAUUGUUCAUAGCAUUAUUGCCUUCAUAUCCAAUAUUAUUGCAUUUUCUUCUCGCAGAUACGUGGAAUUUAACCUUGUGUAUGACCGAGGUACGAAAUUUGGACUCUAUACCCCUGGGGCUCGCAUAGAAAGCAUCUUGAUGUCCCUGCCGUUGGAGGCCCGUUGGGAAUACAUGCAUGCACCCGAGAGCGGGAGCAAAGAAGAGGAAAUUCUGGAGGUUCUACGAAAUCCAAAAGACUGGGUCGAGUAA